GGGCCGGUAUAUGGGCCUAGUGGCCCCUCCUGGGCCUCCAUGCCUAACCAGCUCACAGCUAUAACCAAACAGGACCUAAGAAAGCAGCAUAAAUUUUAAUUUAGUUCAAUGUUUGGGGUUGUUUGGGAAAUUUCAAUAUUGUGUGACUGCCUCUUCUUCAUAACUCAGGUAAUCACAAAGAUCAUCAAAUCAAUCUGAGGAGCUUCUCAAUCUCCAGAAAUGGAUCUAGUCCAGCCUCCAGUGGAGAACUACGCAAACCCUAAGACAUGUCUCUUUCAUGUUCUCUUCAAGGCUGGAGCUUUGGCAUUUUACAUACUUUCAGCCCUCUUUUUUGAUAGCUUUGUCAUUAUUUUUGUGGUUACUGUUCUUCUUGCUGCUCUUGACUUUUGGGUGGUGAAGAAUGUAAGUGGGCGUAUAUUGGUUGGUUUGAGGUGGUGGAAUGAAGUAAAUGAUCUUGGGGAAAGCGUGUGGAAGUUUGAAUGCCUUGACCAAGAGUCAUUGUCCAGGAUGAACAAGAAGGAUUCAUGGCUAUUCUGGUGGACCCUUUACCUAACAGCAGUAGCAUGGAUCAUUCUUGGAAUAUUUUCUCUCAUAAGAUUUCAAGCUGAUUACCUCCUUGUUGUUGGAGUUUGCUUGACCCUCAGUAUUGCAAAUAUUGUUGGCUUUACAAAAUGCCGCAAAGAUGCUAAGAAGCAGAUUCAAGCAUUUGCAUCUCAGACCAUUGCAUCCCGGGUCUCAUCGACGAUUCAGUCAGCAUUCAGCGUCGUCUGAGUUUAUACAGAAAGAUUGGAAUAAACCUAAAAAAAUAUGCACGUUAAGAGAUGUUGAGAAAUGGUGGGUUGUAGAGGGGCAUUGUACUGGAUUAUUUUCAAACUUCUGUAGAGCUGUAGCAGGGGCAGGUUGGAUGUGUAUUUUUGAAGUUUUGGAUUCCUAAUGGUUUUUAUAAUGAAUAUCAGAUAAUUUCAAAAGGUCAAGACUCUUUUUGCAAUUCAAAGUCUCCAGAUUGAUACUA